UCAAUCUUUGCCUACUAGAUUAAUAGAGUUCAUGUUUGAAUUAGUCUCUAAUAAUUUAUGAGAGAUUUUUAAAUUUUAAUUAAAAAAAUUAACAUUUUUAAUUUGUAUAUAUUGUUAGUGUAGAACAUUUUUACACGUUCAUGCAAUCAAAUCACACUCUGAUGUAAAGUUUUUUAUAUUGUUGGUUAAUGAGCUCCACCAAGGGAUGACUUGUUCGGGAUAACCUGAGUUUGAUUUCUCGGUGGAACCAUUAUUGGUUAGACUUUACUUACCACCCGGUCUAACUCUGGAUUACCAGAGCCCCUUUCUUUGGGAACCGGAGGGUUAAUACAAAAAAAAAAAAAAAAAAGAUAUAAGUCGAUGAAUACUAUGCAACUUUUGUUCAAUAAUUACAAUCAAAACUAAGUAACAUGAAUCCAUUUAGGGAAUAGAAAAUCUAGAGUUGUAGAAGAUACUAGAUAAUAGAAGGGAAAGUACAAGACUUAAGCCAUUACUCUACAAGAGAGUACCAAGGGAGAGAUGAGUGAUUUAUUAAUUUUAUAGAAGGUUGAGAGAAUCUUUUUUGUUAGUGUUAGCUUCAUUCCGUUAACUGCUGGAUCAAGCGAAUCAUGAUCCAUUUCUCUAACCAAUUUGUUGAUUCCACUUUGAUAACUUGGCUUUUCUUCCAUUGGUAUCAUAACAUUGUACAAAAAUACUCUCACGUGAAAGGUUCCUAAUUCGAUCCAUGUGAAAAACAAUCCGUUGGGGAAAGGGUGAUUUGGUACAAAUCCCCAGUGCACUAUCUCCUUAGGAGGAAACUGGUGGAAAGUGUUGCGAUUAUGAAUCAGAGAGAAAAAGAGAGAAAAUUGAUAUUGAUGAAUCAUUGUGAUUACAUGAAAAAUGAGAAAUGGAAUCAUACAACUAUAUAUAGCAAGUAACUAACUGUAACUGUUAAGAUUACACCUGCAUAGGCGUGCACUCUGAGCCUAAGUGUAGUAAACUGAACACUGUAAUUUCACUUCUCACACAAAUUCUAUCUCAGUAACAAUAGAAAGUCACUACACUAUAUAUAGUGAUUAGGAGCUUUAUUUUCAUUUUAUGUAAUCACAAUUGAUUCAUCCAAUGAAUAUUCUCUCUUUUCUCUCUAUGAUUUUACACUCUUAACAUGGUAUCAUCCGCCAUAACCGAUCCUAUUCUGCUGCCGUAACCGUUUUCUAACCAACUUUUCCGGUGACAAUGCCACCGCGUGUUGCUCCAAUGGAUCCAACUUCCGAUCCUUCUUCUCCUUACUACGUUCACUCCAGCGACGGACCUUCCUCCGUCAAAGUUACGCCGCUUCUUACCGGCUCGAACUACCACUCGUAGUCACGCCCAAUGCGUCAUGCUCUCGGUGGGAAGCUCAAAUUGGAGUUUGUUGAUGGAACAAUUCCGAUUCCUGAGGAUCAAUUUGAUCCUUCGUUCUGUGCUUGGAACCGUUGCAACAUGCUCGUCCAUUCUUGGAUCAUGAAUUCGGUAUCUGAAUCGAUCGCUCAAUCAAUCGUGUUCAUAGAAAACGCCAUUGACGUUUGGAACGACUUGAAAGAACGGUUUUCUCAGGCCGAUCUCAUUCGUAUUGCUGAACUUCAACAGGAAUUACAUGCUCUUAAGCAAGAUUCUCACACUGUCAAUGAAUUUUAUUCAGAUCUGAAGCUGAUUUGGGAAGAACUUGAGAUUUAUCUCCCAAUGCCAAAUUGUAGCUGCCGUAAUUGUUGUACUUGUGAGGCGAUGCGUUCGGCGCGUGCUAAUCAUACUCUGCUUUACGUCAUUUGUUUCCUCACUGGUCUGAAUGAGCAUUUCUCAGUUGUGAAGUCUCAAAUCCUUCUCAUGGAUCCUCUUCCUCCAAUGACUAAGGUGGUUUCUCUUGUUCUUCAACAUGAACGCCAAAGUCACUUCUCUACUUCUGAUGAUUCUAGAGUUUUACUCAAUGCUGCAAAAUCUCGAGGUUCUUCUUCCUCUAGAUCUGGUAAUCGUGUUUGCACAUUCUGUGGUAAAGAUAACCAUAUUGUUGACAAUUGCUUCAAAAAGCACGGUUUGCCACCUUAUUUUCGCAAGAAUUCUCAGGUAAACAAUGCUGCAAUUGAGGGAGGGAUUGAGGAUCACAAUGCUUCUGAAGUUACCAAUGCAGAACUUCAAAGUGGACCACCAAUUACUCAAGACCAAGCUCUGCAACUAAUUUCACUACUUCAGAAUUCUUUCCCUAGCCAAGGUGCAAAACUGCAUCUUCUAAUCAGGUUGGCUCAGUUGAUUUCACUGGUCAUACAUCAGUGAAUCAAGGACCAACUUACCAAGAACAUGAUUGGUUCUGCUAGUGUGACUGAUGGAUUGUACUACCUUGAUCUCACAAGCCAAGAUGUGCAUGCUUACACUGCUGAUGGAACACAACAAACAAACAUACCUGACCAAGCUCUUUAGAAUGUCUUCGUUACAGGCUAGUUUUCCUUUCAUUACUGUAGAUAAUAAAGGUGUUUGUGACAUUUGUCACCUUGCUAAACACAAAAUUGUCUUACAAUGUUAGUAUGAAUAAAGCUUCUGUUCCUUAUGAAUUGAUCCAUUUUGACAUUUGGGGUCCCAUUGCAUCAAAAUCUAUACAUAAUCAUGCUUUUUGAUCCUCAGGAAUCGGAAUUGUUCCAUCAACAAAUCCCCAGUGCACUAUCUCCUUAGGAGGAAACUGGUGGAAAGUGUUUGGAUACAAGAAAAUCAACUGUGGCUACUGUUUCUUCCUUGGGUCAUCUCUUAUAUCAUGGAAGGCUAAGAAACAAACCACUGUGUCAAGAUCAUCCAAUGAAUAUUCUGUCUUUUCUCUCUAUGAUUUUACACUUUUAACUGUAACUAUUUUGAUAAAGCUAGUAAAAAGUUAAAACUCUGCUUCAGCCUUGAUGUAUGCUUUCUUUGCUUAGGCUCAAUACGCGCUAUCUCUGCUUAGUCACAAUGCACGCUAUUCCUGCUUAUGCAGCUAGAAUCUUAACAUCCCCUCUCAAAAAGUAGUUUGUUUCUUUGCUUUCCAUGAUAUGAGAGAUGAGCCACGAAAGAAACAAUAGCCACUAGUUAAUUUUCUUGUAUCAAGACAACCAGCCCAGUCACUGUCAGAAAAGCCAAGUAAUUGUAGAUCAGAAUUUGUAGAGAAAAUUAAACCUCUGCCAGGGUUAUGUUUGAGAUAUCUGAUCACUCUACAAGCUGCAUUGUAAUGGUUAAUAGUUGGUUUGUGUAGAAAUUGGCUGAGUUGUUGAGUAGCAAAACUGAUGUCUGGCCUUGUGUUACACAAGUAUAACAAUUUUCCUACGAGUCUUCUGCAUAGUGAUACCAUGUUACGAUUAUGAAUCAGAGAGAAAAUUGAUAUUGAUGAAUCAUUGUGAUUACAUGAAAAAUGAGGAAAUGGAAUCAUUGUGUAACUAUUUUGAUAAAGCUAGUAAAAAGUUAAAACUCUGUUUCAGCCUUGAUGUAUGCUUUCCUUGCUUAGGCUCAAUACGCGCUAUCUCAGCUUAGUCACAAUGCGCGCUAUUUCCUGUUACAAGAUUUUUUUAAAAAUUCAUGGAAUUUUUAUUGGGAAGUUUAGUUUGGCACCUUGAUUUUGUUGAAGUUCCAAAGUGUAGAUUUUGUCAAAAUCGCAGUGAUUUACCAUGACUCAAACAAUGCUACCUCAAACCAAACAUGUUCUAAGUUGGUUAAUGCAGUUACCUUCUAUUGAAUCUCCAAUAUUCAUGUGGAAAAGACAGUACUUGAUUAUUGAGGAUGGAUUUCGGUUUGAUAAAAAUAAUUGGGCCUCUAUGAUCAAAAGCUGUUCUUUAAAAAUGCUAAAAUAAGGUCUAGAUGAGAUACAUUAGUUAUUGAAUGAACCUAAAAAGUAAAAAUUUGCUUAUAUAGGAGACCGGAAGGAGACCAGAUGCAUUAGAAAUCAUAUAAUUUUAUUUUGUUGG